AUGUCGGGGAUCUUGGGGAAGAUGAAGAAACUCGGCAGUUCAGAUCUGGAGGAGUCGGAAACGACGGAUGAUCACACGGACAGUGAGGAUUGCGCCAACGGCACUAGCACUAAAAUGACCAAGCAAAGCAUCUUUGCGAGGCGGGCCCGCUUUGGGAUUGGGGACUCCGAUAAGGAUGUGGCGCCCAUGGACUCCUUCUACCAAAUGGAGCAGCUGGAAUCCAAUCCUAUCCUCAAAUUUAGUCUUUCCUUGGAGAAAGGGAGGCUCCAUCACCACAUCCACAAGCUUCUGACCACAGAGUCUCUUGAUGGGCACACCGAGAAGCUCUAUGACCGAAGGAGACUGUUUGAUGCGGUGGCCAUCGGGGAUCUGAGUGAGCUGGACGGCCUUCUGACGUAUCUUCUUAAGACUACGAAGCAACUCACAGAUGAUGAGUUCAAAGAGCCAGAAACUGGGAAAACAUGCCUGUUGAAAGCUAUGUUAAAUCUGCACGGAGGUCAGAACGACACCAUUCCUGUGUUGCUGGAGAUUGCAAAGAAAACUGAAAAUCUGAAGGAGUUUGUGAAUUCUGAGUACAAAGACAGCUACUACAAAGGUCAGACUGCGCUCCACAUUGCCAUUGAGAGACGAAACAUCUACUUGGUGAAACUGCUGGUCAUGAACGGAGCUGAUGUCCACGCAAGGGCCCAUGGGGAGUUCUUCCAGAAGACCAAAGGAAGGCCAGGAUUUUAUUUUGGCGAGCUUCCUCUCUCCUUGGCGGCCUGCACCAACCAACUCAACAUAGUCAAAUACCUUCUGGAGAAUCCCUACCAUCCAGCCAAUAUUGCUGCUCAGGAUUCCAUGGGCAAUACAGUCCUGCAUGCUCUGGUGGAGGUCGCUGAUGACACGGAAGACAACACCAAGUUUGUCACCAAGAUGUACAAUGACAUCCUCAUCCUGGGAGCCAAGAUGGACCCUACCCUCAAGUUGGAAGAGAUCACCAACCGUCGAGGACUGGCCCCGUUGACCCUCGCGGCAAAGACUGGGAAGAUACGGAUCUUUGCCUACAUUCUCAGACGAGAGAUCAAAGAGCCUGAGUGUCGGCAUCUGUCGCGGAAGUUCACCGAAUGGGCUUAUGGGCCAGUCCAUUCCUCUCUCUAUGACCUUUCUGGCAUCGAUACCUGCGAGAAAAAUUCGGUGUUGGAGAUCAUUGCUUACAGCAGCGAGACACCGAAUCGUCAUGAGAUGCUGCUGGUGGAACCGCUGAACCGGCUCCUACAGGACAAAUGGGACCGCUUUGUGAAGCACCUUUUCUACUUCAACUUCUUCACCUACGCCGCGCACGUCAUCAUUCUCACGGUUGCUGCUUACUACAGACCGACCAAAAAAGGCGAGAAGCCACCCUUUGCCAUUAACCAUACAACCGGCGAAUAUGUCCGAAGCACUGGAGAGAUCCUAAGCGUUCUGGGAGGUGCCUAUUUCUUUUUCAGAGGGAUCAAGUAUUUCCAGCAGCGACGCCCAUCCCUGAAGGCCCUCAUCACUGACAGCCACAGCGAAGUCCUGUUCUUCACCCACUCACUUCUCCUCCUGGGCGCUGCGCUGCUGUACUUCCUGGGUCAAGAGCUCUACGUGGCCUUCGUGGUCUUUGCCUUGGCGAUGGGCUGGGCCAACCUGCUCUACUACACCCGUGGCUUCCAGCAGAUGGGCAUCUACUCGGUCAUGCUUGAGAAGAUGAUGAUGAGAGAUCUUUUCCGUUUCAUCGUGGUCUACCUUCUGUUCCACUUGGGGUUUUCAACAGCUGUGGUGACCCUCAUAGAGGACGGUGAAGAGGGGCAGGAGUCGAACCAGAGCCACGGAGUCCACCCGUGCCAGGCCAAGCGCCCUCGCACCUCUGCAGCCUACAACAACCUGUACUACACCUGCUUGGAGCUCUUCAAGUUCACUAUUGGGAUGGGUGACUUGGAAUUCACGGAGAAUUAUCGCUUCAAGUCCGUCUUCGUCAUCCUGCUGGUGAUCUACGUCAUCCUCACCUAUAUCCUCCUCCUGAACAUGCUCAUCGCCCUGAUGGGAGAAACCGUCAACAAGAUUGCGCAGGAAAGCAAAAGUAUCUGGAAGCUCCAGCGAGCCAUUACCAUCCUGAACAUUGAAAACAGCUACUGGAACUGCAUCGUCAACCCCUUCCGAUCUGGGAAGCGAGUUUUGGUGGGGAUCACCCCUGAUGGCAAAGACGAUUACAGGUGGUGCUUCAGGGUGGAUGAGGUGAAUUGGUCCACGUGGAACACCAACCUGGGUAUCAACGAAGACCCCGGCGGAUACAGCGAGGAGCUGAAACGCAACCUCAGCUUUACUUUCAAGUAUGGCAGAGUUUCAGGGAAAAACUGGAAGACUUUGGUUCCAAUGCUGAGGGAUGGCAAGCGAGAAGGCUCGCUCAAACCCAUUUCGGAAGACGAUUUGGAUUCAGAAGACCAAAGAGCCCGGAAGAAAUCUCUCCCAAACCCAAUCUUAUGACAGUUGAAUCCCUGGCCUGUGGUUCUUCCACCCCU